UCCUUCACACAUUUUCGAUGUUGAUGUGUUGAUCACGGAUGCCACGUACCGGUACCGGCAUCUAGAGCGGUCCGUGAAAAAAUGCCCACGUAGCCAUACAGACGUCUGCGCCGGAACUCUGGGCGAACAACUCUUUACCGUUACGUAACGUGGUCGUGGCUGCAGCUAGCUGCCAGCUCACCGGUGAAGAUGUCUGGGAAGGACACUUACCGUGAAGCCAGUCGGCUUUUGUUUCUUUGUUUCAUGUGGUAUUUCAGCAGUUUGGGACAAAAUGUCAUCAAUAAACAUUUAUUCAAGGAAUUUCCCUACCCAACGACGGUUUCCAUGACUCAUAUGUUGGCAGUUGCAAUACUUUUGGAACCAGUUUUGAGACUCUGGAAUGUUCCUGCUCCGGAAGUCAUUGACAGAAAACAUUUCUACAUUUUGAUUUUACCUCUUGCAUUUGGAAAAUUCUUUUCAUCAGUGUCAGCGGAAUUUAGUAUUCUUAAAGUAUCAGUAUCUUUUGCACACACUGUUAAAGCCACUAUGCCAAUAUUUACAGUUAUAUUAUCAAGGCUGGUCCUAGGAGAAAAACAAACAACAAAGGUUUAUUUAUCAUUAUUUCCUAUCAUCUGUGGUGUGAUGAUUGCAACCCUGACAGAACUUUCUUUUGAUGCCCUCGGUCUCGUAGCAGCUCUAAUAUCCACCAUCACCUUUGCCCUUCAAAAUGUAUAUUCUAAAAAGGCUCUAAGAGAUCUACAGAUCCAUCAUCUACGGCUGCUCCUGAUGCUGGGACAGCUAGGUGCCCUUAUGCUUCUUCCUAUAUGGUGUUUCCUAGACUUCCGAAGAAUCAUUGUCGAUAGGAAAGUGCUUUCAACCAUCAGUUGGUCCUACACCCUCUCUCUAUUGUUCUUCAGUGGUCUUCUAAACUUCUCCCAGAACAUCUUCGCAUUCAGUGUCCUCAACUUGGUGACACCCCUCAGCUACUCCAUCGCAAACGCUUCCAAGAGGAUCUUCGUGGUCCUUAUGUCCCUCAUCAUGCUUCGGAAUCCAGUCACGCCCCUCAAUGUAAUCGGCAUGACAACGGCCUUGCUUGGGGUCACGUGUUAUAAUCUAGCGAAGUAUGAUCAGACCAGGUCACGGAAUGUCCUUCCGAUGGUGACCUCUGACCUCGUCGACGGGCGUAUCCUGACGGAGCGCGAGAAGUCCAACGGUCACGCCUACCAUGAUGUAUGACGCCAACUGAGAAGGGGUAUUAGCCCUACCUUGAGAGCAGGACGCAAGAACGGAGCCAGGAUUUAUGAUGUUUGAUCUCUUGUGAGUUAGCCUGAAGCUUGGCAUACAGUAACCUGGCCUGGGAUUUCUUGCUGGGGGGCAGGAAGGUGAUAACUCUGACAGGGAUCUUAACAAAUGUCAUAUCCAGCAUCAGAUUUUAUUGGGAAACCUCAUUCCCCCCCCCCCCCACUUUCCAAUCCUCCACUUUCUCUAUAGACAAUACAAGGGAGGAUCUAGCUGAGAAAUCUUGCUUUUAGGGGGAAUCCUCAGCUUCUUUCCCUUUCCAGUCCUCCACUUUAUCUAUAGAUCUAAGAAACUUGAUGAUAGGGAAGGGAAACUGAGAACAAGGGAGGAUCUAGCUGAGAAAUCUUGCUUUUAGGGGGAAUCCUCGGCUUCUUUCCCUUUCCAGUCCUCCACUUUCUCUAUAGAUCUAAGCAACUUGAUGAUAGGGAAGGGAAACUGAGAACAAGGGAGGAUUUAGCUGAGAAAUCUUGCUUUUAGGGGGAAUCCUCGGCUUCUUUCCCUUUCCAGUCCUCCACUUUAUCUAUAGAUCUAAGAAAAUUGAUGAUAGGGAAGGGAAACUGAGAACAAGGGAGGAUUUAGCUGAGAAAUCUUGCUUUUAGGGGGAAUCCUCGGCUUCUUUCCCUUUCCAGUCCUCCACUUUCUCUAUAGAUCUAAGAAACUUGAUGAUAGGGAAGGGAAA